GAUUAACAUAUGCUAUCAUACAAUGAUUUCAAAUAAUCAAAUUUUAGUAGUGAAUGUUUUAAAUAUUGUGGCAUUGAAACUGAGAAUACUUCGUAUACUUUAAAAGAAAUUCAAAACAUAAUAAUAAUUCCCAUUGGCCUCGAAGAAAUUUUCGCAAUUCAAUCAUUGUCUCUGGAGUGCGAGUUGGGUAUUGGAUCUCACAUCUUUGGCAAGAUAUGAGACGGAAAAGCCCUGUUGCAGUUCAGCAUUGGGUAGACUCUUUGCCAAGCCCGAUAAGACCACCAGCAGAAUCAAAUGCUUGUGCAGAAGUAACAGUAUUGCCUAGUAAGUCUCAAAAAGAAUCUAAUAAAGAAAAAUGUGAGGAAGAAGUAGAGCUCAAGCCUUCGAAUAAUGGUGUUGAUGUUUUGCAAGAUAAUUCAAUUGUGAAAUCAAGCAGCUUUAGCAAAAAUGUUACUGAUAAUAAAUCUGCAGCUAUAUCACAUUCCACUCCAGUUCGAAUACCAAGAAGAGGAACAAUUGUGAGGGAAGCCUCUUUACCUUCAGAUAGCCCACAAAGGAGGAGACUUCUACUUAGAGAUUCCUCUUUUCAAUCAGAUGAUGCAGUUAGUCGAUGUUCAAGUGUAGAUAGUUUGUUAGAAUCUCGUAGGCCUGAUCCAGAAGCUGUAUUACUUGGCUUGGGUUUUGGACCAACUUUGUCUCAAACAGAUCUGUCUAGAAUUCCACAAAGAUUUUUAGGACCAUCAAAAGUUAAAGGUGUAAAUACUGAGAAAUUUUUAAAACAACAACAACUUCAAAGGGAGAUGCAUGAAACUGGGGUUUGGGGCUAUCGUGGCUUAACAGGAGAUCCUCAUUCACCACCUUCACAUAUAGUAGCUAAAAUUAUAGAACGAAUUCACAGCAGUGAGCAACAGCAACAAGGUUUAGAUUGCAUUGCACCUGAUUCCAAUAAUUUGUUUUAAAAUUAUUGUUUUUCUUUUAUAAUUUAUAUUUUAAUUUCCUGAAAAUAUUAUUACUUGUAUUUAUUUACAUCUGUGGUUGUUAUACUAUUUAUAGGUUGAUUUAAUAUUUUUAUAUUAAUAGAAUAGGAUAUAUCAGAAAAUGCACAAAAGAAUGAAUGUUAGUUCUAAUAUUGUAUUAUUAUUUAAG